AUGAUUUCCGACUCGGCAUGGGCAAACUCCCGCAAUGGGUGGGUGUCCGUACUUCGUCGUCCAGAGGCAAUGUGGAUCCCACCGAAUCCUACAGGCGAGAGUGAGGACGAGUCAAAUGAGGACAGCAAAGGGAGUCAGAGCAGCGAGCACGAUGAUGGGGAUGAAUAUGACGAUGAGGACGAGGACGAGGAGAACAUGAAGAGUCCUACUCCUCAGAAAACACGCACUGUUAUUGAAGAAAGAUUUCCACCACCACCGUCACAGUAUCCGCUGGGAGUACGCUCCUGGAGAAUGAAGGCCAAACUUUCCGUACCUUGGCCUGAAUACGAGUACGAGACAGAUGAUGAAUAUGAUGAUUUUGAACCGGUCCUGCUCUUCAAAGAGUUUCCAAAGGCGGUGACUUCCGCGGUCCAUGAGAAUACGCCAGAGACGGAAGUUGAAGUGAAAGGACCUGCCGAUACCAACUAUGAAACUUCAACGAAUUCAAUUCAACCUCAAUCAAUUAUUAGUGGCACUUCGGAGGGCAACAAAGAGAAAGAGAAUAGGAAAGCUGAACCUGUCGUUCAUGUUGGAGAGGCUAUUCAGCAAUCGUCUGCCCCAGCCUGUACUGAAGGUCACGAUACGUUCGUCAUUGACCCUGUUGAAGCAUCUCCGGCGCCUGAAAUGGUUCAGGGAUCCGUGUUGCCUCCUGUUACUAAGGAAAAAGAGCCCUCCUCUCUGGGUGUUACUUUGCAUGGUUUAUCUGUCAAAGCUCCUGUUGUUGAUCAUCCACAGGGAAUUAAGUUCAAAAAUGAGAAAUUUCUUCGCUUGUACCACGAAAUGAGUAGUCAUAUUGAUACGAAGGAUCAUAUGGGGGAACGCUCCGUCAACGAAGGCCCUGUAAUUGAGCAUCAUCCUGUUGUACCCCCCUCGGAUACAGUUCAGGUCCUAUUUCAUAACUGUCUGCCCAAAAAAGCACCGGAAGUGGAUACUUAUUCGCCUUUAUCUGCAUCAGAUUCUCUACCGGUUUCUGAAAAUCAAAACAAUAAGAUGCCUUUAGAGAGAGUGAAACGCAAACUUGAAAGUAUGAAUGAUGGACACAACAAUGCCGAAGUCAGACCCGCAACGAAAAGGACCUCGACGUGUGCCAUAGCUAGUGUUCUCGGAAGCUCGUUCCAGAAUGCAAUCAGUAUCGAUGAUGAUACCGACGAUCCUCUCACACCAGCCAAGGCAGCUCAAACAUAUUCCAAUCCGGUGGCUCAAGAGACUCAAGACUUCUCAAACCUUGUUUCCUCUCCUCCAAUGCCGAUAGCAGAUAGGGAGACACUAAAUAUGAACCGUCUUGAGCAAAGACUAAGGCUUAAAGGAGUGUUCAACCACACAAUCGGCGGAAGAGUACAAAAGAUUUCAAACCAGCACCACACGCUUGGUUCUUCCAUUAUCACCGGAGCAAAUGGGGGGAACAGAGCUGGAAGCAGCAGACUCCUCGCCACAUUGCCAUCGUCCGGAUACGUUAUUCUAGAGCCUAGUACAGAUACUGCAGCACCGUCCGAGUCAAACAACACCUCCACCGAGUCCGUCGACCCCAAUUCAUUCAGAAACUCGCGCCUUGAGAUGGAUUAA